UUAGGGGGAUAAAUCAAGAACAAGGUGACCCCGGAGAAAAGCAAAGGACAUCUGGAGGCUGUGAAGAAGACUCAGCAGAGCUGGCCAGAAGUUAUCCUGUCUUCCUGAACUCCCUCAGAGACAACUAACUUACAAGACUUCUAGCCUUCCGUUGGGCGUAUGGGACUUAACUUCUCGAAGCACUGAAUUGUGAAAGGAAAAGCAUGACCACUUUACUACUAGCAUGUGUGUGUUUGCAUGUCAUCGCUGCAGCCACCUCUGUGGAUGUUUUAGUCGAUCACAGCGGCACACUCAGUGUGAGCAUACCUUUACGUUCUCCUCUGCGGGUCCCCCUGGGAAGAACGUUGACCAUUCCCUGCUAUUUUAUCGACACUUUGGGGCCCGUCACCACAGCUCCCAACACCCCACCAGUGUCCCCAAGAAUCAAAUGGAGCAAACUAUCAGAAGACAAAGAAGUUACCCUUCUAGUGGCCAUGGAUGGGCAGGUACGGAUCAACACUGCCUACAAGGAGUCCAUCUCUCUACCCAAUUAUCCUUCCAUACCAACUGAUGCUACCCUGGAAAUCAAGACACUCCGGUCCAAUGACACUGGGAUCUACCGCUGUGAAGUCAUUCAUGGUAUCGAGGAUAGCCAGGACAUGGUGGAGGUGAAAGUUAAAGGGAUCGUGUUCCAUUACCGAGCCAUCUCUACCCGCUACACGUUAAACUUUGAGAAGGCAAAGCAGGCAUGCAUCCAGAACAGUGCAGUCAUUGCAACUCCCGAGCAGCUCCAGGCUGCCUAUGAUGAAGGCUUUGACCAAUGCGAUGCUGGUUGGUUGUCUGAUCAAACAGUCAGGUACCCAAUGCACCAUCCUCGAGAAGGUUGUUAUGGUGACAAAGAUGAAUUUCCUGGAGUGAGAACAUAUGGCGUUCGAGAUACAGAUGAGACAUAUGAUGUCUAUUGUUACGCACAGGAAAUGGAAGGUAAAGUCUUCUAUGCCACCUCCGCCGAGAAGUUCACCUUCUCGGAAGCAGCAGAGAAAUGCCAUAGUCUUGGGGCACGUUUGGCAACAACAGGAGAGUUAUAUCUGGCCUGGAAGGAUGGGAUGGACGUCUGCAGUGCUGGCUGGCUGGCAGACCGCAGUGUCCGGUAUCCCAUCAACAAACCAAGUCCCAUCUGCGGUGGCAACCUGGUGGGCGUACGUACGGUGUAUCUUUACGUCAACCAGACCGGGUAUCCUUAUCCUCAUUCCCGCUACGAUGCCAUUUGCUACACUGAUGUCGGCAUUCCUGUCAUCCAUGACAACAUCACAGAUGACUCUGUCGAUGACCUGGGCAGUGGCUUCACCAUCCAGACCUUCACUCAGACAGAUAUUGAGCUGGAGCUUCCACGCAACACUACUGAAGAAGAAGCUCGAGGAAGCAUUGCAACCUUGGAACCUAUAGACUUUACUACGGCCACCGUAGAGGUGGACGAAGCCAUCACAGAAACCCCAGAUCUCUUUCCAACAGAUUUCACAGAUGAGACAGAGAACAGGACUGAGUCUGGGAUCUGGGAGGACUUCGAAAAUGGUAAUGUCUCAACCCUGGAUACGGUCUUCCCCACCGAUAUCCCAGAAACUACAUCAGAGGACUAUAGUUCAUGGUCUACUGCCACAACAGAAUCUGAAGCAGCCUCACCAUUUACCGUAGAAGAGCAAAUUGUGCCAGGGACAGCUGCGUCUGCUGUGGAUCAAGUCCCUCGGGAACCCACUUCUCCCACAGGUGUUGUUUUUCAUUACCGGCCAUCCACCAACAGAUAUUCCCUGACUUUUGUUGAAGCUCAGCAAGCUUGCCUAAGCAAUCAUGCUGUUAUUGCUACUCCAGAACAACUACAGGCUGCCUAUGAAGAAGGAUACGAGCAAUGUGAUGCUGGCUGGCUGAACGACCAGACAGUCAGGUAUCCCAUUGUCGUUCCACGCAGCAAAUGUUCAGGAGACAAAGAAAACUCCCCUGGAGUGAGGUCAUAUGGUAUGCGCCCAGCAUCAGAAAAGUUUGAUGUCUACUGUUAUAUUGAAAGACUGAAAGGUGAGGUCUUCUUUGCAACUCAGACAGCACAAUUCACCUUCUCGGAAGCCCAAAGAUACUGUGAGAGUCAAAAUGCGACCAUGGCUUCCACUGGACAACUCUACGCUGCCUGGAGACUAGGCCAGGAUAACUGUCAGGCAGGCUGGUUGGCUGACGGAAGCCUCCGAUAUCCCAUUGUUCAUCCCCGCCCUACCUGUGGUGGAGAGAAGCCCGGUGUGAGAACGAUUUACUUGUACUCCAAUCAGACAGGAUUCCCUGACCCGCAAUCGAAGCAUCACGUCUUUUGCUUCAAAGCAAUGCCAUCUCUGCAUGGGGAACUAGAAGAAGACUUAAUUGCAGUCCAGACCAUCCCUGGUGUAGAAGAAGUUCCUUCUGGGGAAGAAACAACUGUGGAGAUGGAGUUUGCCACUGAUUCUGACAAUCAAACUGAGUGGGGAACAGCAGUCUUCCCAACUGAUACAUCACUGUUAUCUGCGAGUCCAUCAGCUGUGACUCAAUCAACCGAUCUUCCCAUUGAUGCAACGCCUGAUGAAACAAGUUCAGAAGCUCCAAUCACUGAGUCAUCUGCUUCCGGUUGGACUUCCGGAGCCCCAGAGAUAACUGGAACGGUCGAACCUAGUGAAACACCUUCAGGAUUUGGAGAAUCUCCCUCUGGAGUCCCUGAAAUAAGUGGGCUGCCUUCUGGAGAAAGUGGGCUACCAUCAGGAGACAUAAGUGGCUUAUCUUCUGGGGUUAUUGAAGUCAGCACCUUACCUUCUGGAGAAGAAGAAAUAUCAGGGAUUAGUUCAGAAACCCAAGAACAAAUACCUGGGCUCCAGGAAGGCAAAGGGAUCCCAGAAUUUAGUGGGUUGCCUUCUGGAUUUAGUGGGGACCAUUCUGGUAUUGAUCCCAGCGGCUCACCAUCUGGAGAGUAUGAUUAUAGUGGUCUCACGUCUGCAUUUCCUACUGUGUCCCUGGUGAAUGCCACUUUGACGGAAGUUGUGACCACAGCAACAGAAAGGGAAAUGGAAGGAAAAGGGACAAUUGGAAUCAGUGGAGAUGGAGACGUAUCAGGGUUUCCCUCUGCCGACUGGGGUGUUAGUGGCACAACCAGUGGAUUGCCCUCCGGGGUUGAUGUCUAUGGGACCAGUGACCUCAGUGGGUUUUCCUCAGGAAUUGGUAUCAGCGGGGAACUGUCUAGCACACCUGAUAUCGAUGAAUUGCCAUCAGGACUUGAUGUUAGUGGACAGUCAUCUGGCUCAUUAGAUAUCAGUGGGUGGUCCUCAGGAAUUGACUUCAGUGGAACAUCUGUUGGGACACCUGAUCUAAGUGGCGAUGUCGACUUAAGUGGCCAACCUUCAGGUAUUGAUGGGAGUGGUGAACCUUCAGGUGUUACCUUCAUUGAUACUAAAUUAUUUGAAGUGACAACUCCUUCCUCUAAAGAAGAAGAAGGGAAAGGAUUUGUAGAAGUAAGUGAAUUACCUUCAGGAGAUGAAGAUCUAUCAGGCACUACAUCAGGAAUUUUAGAUGUGAGUGGCCAGCCUUCUUCUGGACAAGUAGACAUCAGUGGGUGGGCUUCAGGAGUUACUGACAUCAGUGGGCUUCCUAGUGGAUUAACAGAGAUCAGUGGAGAAAGCUCCGGCAUUGAUCCUGUCAGUGGCACUUCAUCUGGAACAUAUGAUUAUAGUGGUCUCACAUCAGGGUUUCCUACAGUGUCCCUUGUGGAUACAACUUUGGUGGAAGCCGUAACACAGCCAUCUGUUGCCCAAGAAUUAGGAGAAGGCACAUCUGGGAUAUUAGAAAUAAGUGGGCUUCCUUCAGGACAGGAGGAAACAUCUGGAGCAUUGUAUGAUGUGACAACAUCUAGCGGAGCAUCAUCUGAGAAAGUUGACUUCAGCGGGACUUCCUCAGGCAUUCCAUAUUUUGGUAGAGAAACUGACGAUCUCACUGAUGUAAGUGGAGCAUCUUCAACCACAGCCAGUGCUAGUGGUGAUGUCUCUGGAUUCCCAGAAAUUAUCUUAAUAACUGAUUCCAUAGAAACAGUGACAAGACCAACAGUUUCACAGCAACUGAUUGGAGGAACCGAGUCUUUCCAUUUUCAUGAACCAAGUGUGGAAGCCUCCACAUCUGGGGCAGAAGUUCCUACAUAUCCUGAAAGUACCAUAUCAUCCCCAGAAUAUCAUGAAAUCAGUAGUAAGCCGUCUACAUUUCAUGAAACUAGUGUAGAAACCCCUUUGUAUAAUGAAACGAGUGAUGAAACAUCCGUCUCAUCAAAAAGCCACCUAGAAACUUCAACCCAUUAUGAACCAGGUGAAGAAACAUCUUCAUUAUCUGAAAGCUACUCAGAAACAUCUUCAUUAUCUGAAAGCUACUCAGAAACAUCUUCAUUAUCUGAAAGCUACUCAGAAACAUCUGGGGCACCAUUCAUCAGCGGCUUACCCUCUGGGACUUUGGAUGAAAGGACUCAGUUUAAUGGAGACAGUUCAGGUCCAGCACCUGAGGCAGUGUCAGAUACAACAGAGAAAGGCUUUUCGCCAGAUGUCCUACUUAGUACCAGCAGUCCAGAUGUUGAAUUAACUGAACAGUCAAGGCUUCUAACAGAGACUCAGGCUGAAACAGAGACCAGUACAUAUCCAACACCAGAGUUGGAAACAGGAGAGGGUGCUGCUCCAGGGAUUCCACUACCAUCACCAACAACUACUGAUCUCCUUCCUAACGUUUCAUCAGAGGUGACCGAUGGGAUACAACUUAUUAAGCAAGCUACACCUAAGACUUGUGAGGAGAAACUAUGUGGAAGAGGGACCUGCCAUGAACAAGAAGGAAACAUUACCUGUUUAUGCCCAGAUGGAUUUAUGGGUGAUUACUGUGAGAUAGAUCUGGCAGAAUGUGAAACAGGCUGGACUAAAUUUCAAGGUAACUGCUACAAGCAUUUUGAAGAGAAACUCACCUGGAUGGAGGCAGAGAAACUAUGCCGAAAGCAUCAAUCCCACCUGAGCAGUAUCAUCACACCUGAAGAGCAAGAAUUUGUGAACAGCAAUGCACAGAACUACCAGUGGGUUGGGCUAAGUGACCGAGCUGUAGAAGAUGACUUUCGCUGGUCUGAUGGACAUUCUCUUCAAUAUGAGAACUGGCGACCUAACCAGCCGGAUAACUUUUUUGCCAAAGACGAAGACUGUGUGGUCAUGAUCUGGCAUGAGAAGGGUGAAUGGAAUGAUGUGCCAUGCAAUUACCACCUCCCGUUCACUUGCAAGAAAGGAACAGUUGCCUGUGGAGAGCCUCCUGCAGUUGAGAAUGCCAGGCACUUUGGCAAGAAGAAAGACCGCUAUGAGAUCAACGCUAUGGUGCGCUACCAGUGCAAUCAGGAUUACAUACAGCGUCAUGUGCCCAUCAUCCGAUGCCAAUCAAAUGGGCAGUGGGAAGAGCCUCGGAUAGCCUGUAUAGACCCCUCCACCUAUAAGCGCAGGCUACACAAGAGAAGCUCACGGGCUCGAUCAAGGACCAAUGGAAAGAUGACGGCAUGAGCCACCCUUCCCACAGAAGCAAUCGGGGAGCAGAGACGGACAGACAGGCAGAGAGAAAGAGAGAGAGAAUUUAUGGAACAGUUAUAUUAACAAAAUUGAUAUAUUUUUCAUUGUUGUUGCUUUUAAGGGGGGAAGUCUCAUUAUAUAAGGAACAAUGUGUGUAUAUAUAAAGAAAAAGAACAAAAAAAAAAGAAGGGAGGGGGGGUACCCUUUGCAAACUAGGAAGCAAACACGAUUCCAGCAUCUUUUUUUUUUAAUAAUAAUAAUAAUAAUGAUUGUUAGAGCCAACUAUCUUUGUGCCUUUGUGGGGGAGGGGGCAGGGAGGUUUACAAAGGGUUAAGUUAAAUAAUAGAUUAUCUGGAGGAGGAGGAGGAGGAGGAGGAGGAGGAGGAGGAGGAGGAGGAGGAGGAGGAGGAUGGGGGAAAUCCUGAUUUUUAUCUCACAAGAAGUGUGAUUUUUAAACUGCAGAGUGGAGAAGUACUUUUUAGAAGCCCCCUUUCCAAUCCAUCUAUCUGAGCCGAGGUGGCACAGCAGUGGUUAGAGUGCAGUACUGCUGACUGCUGCUUUCAGCUGACUGCUAGCUGCAGUUCGGCAGUUCAAAUCUCACCAGGCUCAAGGUUGACUCAGCCUUCCAUCCUUCUUUCCGAGGUGGGUAAAAUGAGGACCCAGAUUGUUGGGGGCCAUUGGCUGACUCUGUAAACCGCUUAGAGAGGGCUGUAAAAGCACUAUGAAGCGGUAUACAAGUGCUAUUGCUAUCUUUCCACAUUGCAAGAAAUAUCACCGGAUUGAGUGGGAACUACAGAGAGGAAGCGAGCAGAAGCGGGGCAAAGUAUUGUUAAGGGGGGAGGAAGGGGUCAGGAAAGCUCUUUUUCAGCUCUCCCGAAUACAUCAUCAUCAUCAUCAUCAUCAUCAUCAUGGGGGCCAAUGGCGGUUGCUUCUUUUUGGAUGUGUUCAUUCCUUUAAAUAAAUGCAAAAUGUCAAAUCACGUGUGGAAGUUGAAAUUAGCCAGAGCAUCAGAGGCGCUCAAAUGCAAACAGGUAAGGUGGGGGCAGGGCAGAACAAAAUUCCCCACCUUACCGCCUGUUUUUUUCAGUUCCAGACCUUCGUGGUCAGAUUCCGGUGAUCCUAGCUGAACUUGACGCUGCAUCUCUUCUGACUCGUUUCUCCCGCUCCCCGUUUUUAAUUCUGCGGGAACGGGCUUGGAAGCAGGCUGGGCCGCAUACAUAACGCAACUUCAUAUGCCUAUGUUUCUUCUUGCUGCAGUUUUUUUUCCCCAAGGGAUACCUGGCAGACUCCCAUCCUGAGACGGCGUUUUCUCUCUCACAGGGAACGGUGCAGGGCGCUUGAGAUUCCCUGCACCUAUUUAUAUAUUUUUUUUAAAAAAAUACGUAUAUGUGUUAUAUGAAUUGAAAGCAGAGAGGAAAACUGAGAAGAGUCAUUUUUACAGUAACUUAAAACGGACUUGUCCAACGUCUUGGAGAUGCUGGUAGGAAUUCAGCUUUGGGUAUGUGCUGUGUAUACAAUGGGGGAAGGGGGAAAUGUUUGGAGACGAGGGAGUGGGGGCGGAGAGAGGGUCCGGUGAACAGGACCAGGAAGAGCCUUUUAAAUUGCAAAAGGGAAAAAAGAAAAAGAAAAAAACAUCCAGGAAAAGAAGCUCCAGAAUUAUAUUUUCUUUUCUUUUAAACUCCUGUGUGCACAAAACAAAACAAAACAAAAACAAA